AUGAUUUCUGCGACGUUUUCGGUGCUUGUGUGCAUCGCCCUAUUACCACUGUUGAUGGUAGUUGCACAGCGAGAGGUAGAUCAGGUGUGCAUCCUCACGAAUGGACGAUCCGGACGAUGCAUCCGACUGGCCGAGUGUACCGAGAUAGCUGAGCUAGCGAAGCGCAUUGUGCUAUACCAGUGGGAAACGCAAAAGAUAAGAGCCGUCCUGGGUGCCUGUGCUAGUGAUGAGAAUUCAUCUGAUCCGAUCGUUUGUUGUGAAGCAGGGAGACGUGGUGUAGUAGCUACAGUGUCAGCAACUACUUCCACCACUACAACAACAACUACAACUACUACGCCCCCUAUACCAAUCACCAGAAGACCCACACGUGCACGACUGAGUACGGUCAGUCCACCAACAAGACGAGUAAGGGUUACUAUCCCUACCGAACCCAUCACCAGAAGGCCUACACGUGCACGAGCGUCCACAACCGUUCGCACCCGAACCAUGGCUGACUACGAUCACUUUAAGGAUGUUCUACCGGUGCGUUGCGGUAUGCGACAACCCGUCCCUUCCAUACUUUCAGACGCAGAGGACGAAGACAACACGCACGUGUGGGCAGUACACUUGGAGAUUAGAAAACCGAAACUGACCACUCCAGCACGAUGCGUCGGAACGUUAAUCCAGGAACGUUACGUCCUGACCGCAGCACACUGUGUACACUUUCUGCCGGUAGAGAAUAUCAAGCUAUUUUUUGGCGUAAGCUUAAUCAGUGUACUGGACCAGUGUUUGGCCGAUGGCGAAUGUCAGGAGCGUAGGGCGGCCGAGUUCCUCAUACAUCCCGGUUACAAUGCGCACAGCUCUACCAACGAUGUGGCGCUAAUUAGAGUAAGCGAACCGGUAUACACUUCCGAUGCCGUCAUGCCUGCCUGCCUGUCGCUGGAUCAUGUAUUCGACGAGAACCUACCGGACGACAAGCGUGUCCUUUCGCUUGGUUGGGGUAAAACUGGAUAUGGUGGUAUGAGUGACUCGAAGCGUCUCGUCUAUCUUAACGUGAUCUCGCAGGACGAAUGUAGCGAGUAUCUUACGAACAACACACGCAUCAAUCCAUCCAUGUUCUUCAGCGUGAUGUGUACACUGGGCGUGCUGAGAGGCCAGGACGUGUGUCAGGGAGACUCCGGUGCACCGAUGUUACAUUUUCGCGACAAACGGUUCUACGUGGUUGGUGUGGUUAGUACUGGGCCCAAGUGUGAUCCUGCGGCGGGAAAUUCUACCAAACUUGCCCCGGGCAUUGCUACGCGAGUGUCCGAGUACAACAAUUGGAUUCUUACCAGUAUGAAGCGAAUAGAGGGUUUUUGA